GACCUGAAAUCCGGACCACCGCCAGUUAUACCGCCUUUCCUUUCUUGAAGCCCAAGCCAUCGAACCCUCUACAGAAAAAACCUUUCCUUUUUCUCUUUCUUUUCUCCUCCCUGAACCGAUCCUCUUUGCUCUUAUUUCCUUCCUCCUUUCGUCCCCCUCCUUGCGUUGAAUCUAAUCUCGCUACUUCUUCUUCCCACUCCUCAUUCACCAAUAGGAAAUUUGCUCGCCUUCCGGUCGGCUGCCUCGGCGAAUAAAUUGAGCUUAUUUAAUGGCAACUCCUCUAGUCACAGGAUUGUCGGUUGCGGCGGCUGCGAUGGGUGGUCGAUGUUUGAUCCGUGCAUGGCAGGCGUUCAAAGCUCGCCCUGCUGUUCCCCGGGCUCGCAAGUUUUACCCUGGUGGAUUCGAGAGGGAGAUGACAAGGAGAGAAGCAGCCUUGAUCCUUGGUGUCAGAGAGCAUGCUGCAUUGGAGAAGAUCAAAGAGGCUCAUAGGAGAUUGAUGCUAGCAAACCACCCUGACAGCAGAGGAAGUCAUUAUCUUGCUUCGAAGAUUAAUGAGGCGAAGGAUAUCUUGAUUGGAAAACAAAAGGGUGGUUCAUCUGUCUUUUAAUUGCAACAACAUUGUGUUCUGGGACUGCAACAACUUCAUGGAUGAUUGAGGAAGGAAAGAUGGUCGGUUAGAAAAUUCUAACAGUGCAAAAUUUUGUAGCUGUCUUCUUUGAUUCGACAUUCAAAUUUACUACUGAUGAUAUACUUCAUACAAUCAGGAGAACUUGAUAUGAACACUAUAAACAGUGAAUUCUUAAUCAUCUAUGAGUAAGUGGCGCCCGUCGCUUGAUGAUUGGCAGAAUCAAAAUAAUUUGACAACUUUGAAUGAUUGUUUAUCCAAUAAAAAGUUUCUCGACACCGUGAGUCAGGUAUGUUUUCCAUCCUCAAUAACUUCGCUUGUCAUCCAUCCUCAACUUGUUCCUGUGAUCCCUUUGUAUUGAAACCAAUUGCCUACCAGAAUGUGAAGUUAUGCAUUUGGUGUAUGAA